AUGAACAAAGAAAAGGAGCAGUUCAAGAUUGGUGAUUUGGUGUUCGCGAAACUUAAAGGCUACAUAGAAUGGCCAGCAAAAAUAACACAAUAUAAAAAUAAAAAGUAUAAUGAAUUCAAAGAAAAAUUAUCCACUGAGAAGAAUUUAGAGUACGAAAAUUUCCGCGAAGCGAUGGAACAAAUCGAAGCCGUAUUAAAGGAUGAAGAUUCUGCUGCAAUUGAUUUAAAACGGAUUAUAAAAAUCUUACUGGUCAAGAUUGGAAAAUUGGCGCUACAGCACCUCAGCAAACCGAUGUCACAGCGGAAUCAGGAUAACAAAAUCCGUGAAUUAAAAUCGCAGAAAGCUCCUAAAUCAUCUAUAGAACCAGAAGUUCAAAUUUUACUUCAACUAAAGUCUUCGUAUAAAACACUAACAGGUAAAGAUUGGACACCUGAAGCAAAAAUGGACAGAACUAAAGCAGCAACUACACCUAACAUAUCUUCGGCAACCGAGAAAGAACUACUUACGAAAGAAAUAAACGAGCAAGGCGAGAAAGUGCGUACAGCUAAAACCAAAAACGCAUCAAAGGACGUAAUUGACACUGAAGUUAAGAAGUUAUUAGCGCUUAAAGCUAAAUACAAAGAAGUUACUGGCACAGAUUUCCCCGUAGCUGGACGUGGAAGUAGCAGUUCUGCAAAGAAAUCCACUGAAAAAGCUACUAAGAUCUAA